AUGAUAUCAGAUAGUUUCAGCAAUCCCAAUCCUGGUGUGAUUAUUAAUCAACCGAAUGGUUCGAAUGUUUAUGAGGGAGUUCGUGUUGACUAUCGAGGCAAUGAUGUAACUCCGGAAAAUUUCUUAGCGAUCCUCCAAGGAGAUAUGAAAUCUGUGAGAGGCGGCAGCGGGCGUGUAAUUGCAAGUUCAGCAAGUGAUCAUAUUUUCGUUUAUUUCGUCGAUCAUGGAGCGACGGGCUUGAUUCAGUUUCCCAACUCGAUUCUGACGGUUAAGCAGCUGAACGAUGCUCUUCGUUUGAUGCAUGCAAAGCAUCAGUAUAAGCGAGUUGUAUUCUUUAUGGAGGCAUGCGAGGGUGGUUCCAUGUUCAACAAUAUUCUGCCAAAAAACAUCAACGUUUAUGCAGUAACAUCUGCAAAUGAAAAAGAAAGUGCGUGGGCAUGCUAUUGUGAUAAUGAUCGUGAGGGUUUACCGUGUUUGGGUGACGUUUUCUCAGUAAGUUGGAUGGGUAAUGCUGACAGUGUAAGUGCAUUCAGAGAUUUGAAAUCAGAAAAACUGAAAACUCAAGUAGAAAUUGCACGAGAGGCCACUACAUCGAGUCAUGUAAUGGAGUACGGUAAUAUGUCAAUCGGCAACUUAUCUGCUGCUAACUUCGAAGGAUCGAAACCAGUAUUCGCCGAUUCACUUCAACCAAGAAAGGUAGUACAACCAGGAGCUAUCGCUCUCACGAUUUUUUUUUCGAAUUUAUUAAGUUCAAAAAGAGUUUACAAGUCCGAAGUGAAUAACAAUUCUUUUGAUGAAAAGAAAUGCGUGAAUAAAUGGAGUGUAAUGUAUUCAAGGAAGCGAAUAUGUUCAACAAAUGAAUAUUUGAUUGCUAUUCUUUGA